AUGCAGGAUCCAGAUGCAAAAGAAGCGGAUACGUAUUACGGAAUGAGGAGUACGGUUGCAUUUCCAAUUAAAGGCACCACAAUUGAACGAAAAGACGAUUUCAAAGUGCCACAAGCUUCAGCAGAUAUUGAAUCAGAACUAGGAAUCAAACAACCAGAUAUUCCGGACCGGGAAGUUCAAUCAGAAAGCACCCCAGUACAGGAAGACAGUAGACCGGUGGGUUUCUCCAUGCAGAAUUUUUUUCAAAAAUGUCAGAGUAAGUUUCAGUGA